AUGGCAUCGGACAUGUCAAGCGUCACAGAACUGGCCAGUGGCAUCUCCCAUGGCCUUGGAGAGUCCCUGGUUUCACCAACUUUGUUACCCUCCGCCGCCGUAAACACCACCGCCAAUGACGAAGUUGCAUACGCAUACGGCUGGUUCGGCCUCAUCGGCUGGCUGCUUCUCUCCAUCAUCAACCUUGUUUCCACCAUCCUAUACUGGGUGAUACGUAUUGCCACGUUCAACGUGCCCGUCAUCCUUUACACACUCUUCUCCACGAGUUGGACGGUGACAAUGAAUGCCACCACGCUUAUGUUCAUCAUGGCGGGCCUCGUGUCAGCCGUGAGCUGGGUCGUGAGGUACCGCAUCCUCAACAUUUACUCCCGACUACCCCCUGAGCCUCAACGCAAGGAACCGGAGAUCGACCUUUUUCCUGACACGCACGAGGAAGGUACAAAGUCCGGCUUGUCUAGCUAUCUUGACGAGUUCCUGAGCGCCAUUAAAAUAUUUGGCUACCUCGAACGGCCAGUCUUCCAUGAGCUCACUCGCAGCAUGCAAACCAGAAAGCUUAUCGCUGGCGAGACGAUCAAUCUCGAGGAAGAAAAGGGCUUCUGCAUCGUCGUUGACGGCCUGGUCGAGAUUUUCGUUAAAUCCGGCCACAAUCCCAGAGUACCUCUUCGCUCGCACCAAGCCGACUUGGACUUGGACUCGGACGAUGAAGGCGUUGCCCCCGGCCAGCAACGCUAUCAACUUCUGACAGAGGUUCGCAACGGUGCUCCCAUGUCCUCGCUUUUCUCCAUCAUGUCGCUGUUCACGGAAGACGUCAAACUACGCCAGAGCGAGGACGAGUCUCUGCGCAUGCCGGCUGCCGCCGAAGACGCGUACCAGCGCCGCCCAGCUGGAGAAUCAGACGUUCCGAGUGACAAUGACGCUCUAUUUUCCAUGCCGAACACGCCCCAUCUAGAUGGAAAUCCUCGCCGUCCCAGUCUGCGGUCGGAUGUGCAACCCAGUGUGCACAUUGCAUCGUCCAGGAUUUCUCCGAUGUCUCUUGAUGAGCCCGGUCCCUCGCCCGCUCAUCCUUACCAGCGGCCCGGCAUGCCGCAUCGCAUGGCAUCCAGUUCUGCCCACCCGGAUAUUAUUGCUCGCGCAACCAAGGACACGACGAUUGCCAUCAUUCCGGCAAGUGCGUUCCGUCGUCUCAUUCGGAUAUAUCCCAAAGCAACGUCACACAUUGUCCAUGUCAUCCUUUCCCGAUUUCAGAGGGUCACUUUGUCCCAUGCCUUCAACUACCUAGGCCUAACUAGCGAGGUCUUGCAAACGGAGAAGAGCAUGAUCAAGUACACUAAUUGUCAGCUCCCGAAUAUGCUCCGCGGAGACGCCUUGUCGCGCUUGAAGGAAAAGUUCAGCCGUGAACGUGAAAAGAUCACCGGAGACGCCGAAGGCAAGGGUAUUGCCUUGCACAACGCAGCUGCUACGCGUCGGCGGCGCUCCAGCAGCACCACCCUCCGCAAGGAGGCCAUUCUGUCCUCCAUGGCCAAACACGUUCCCGUGCCGAUGACCUCGAGUGUGAUUUCUCCGCUGCGAGAACGCGCCUCGCCGCAUCGAUCGAAUCCGGGCGACCUCUUAAUUGAUAUCCACCUAAGCCGUACGUCUAGCCGCAUGGCUGCUUCAGGAUUGUUGGCGGACUCGUUAGAUCCCUUUAGGAUGGACGUUUCCAGCCCUCUAGAGCAGAGAUCCUUCAACCCAUUCGACCCUCAGAGACAGGCACGGAUCUCCAAGGAUCCCCGUGAGUCCAUCGACGAGGACAAUCUCUUCAGGUCCUCAAUCUUGGAGUGCAUAUUCAAGUCUCUGGGGUUUGGAGAUGGCACUGCAGCGUCGGGAGAGACGGAGUCGAUGGAUGGAUCGCCUAGGCUUGUGUCGACUGACCAGAGGCGCAAUAGGGUCUUAUAUACGAACAAUGCCUUCGGCUCCAUGGGCCCCUUAGAAAGCUCGAUGGACGGGGACACGGAGUCCUUGACGUCAGCGGGUGUGGCCAUGCAUUCGUCGCCAAGUGCGCAGGCUCUAUCACUGGAAAUGCGGGACGAAGUCGAGAUUGUCUUCUUUCCAAAGGGAGCCGUCCUUGUGGAGCAGGGCGAGAGAAAUCCCGGGUUGUACUACGUCGUGGACGGGUUCCUGGACAUUGGUACGAGCCGCAGCCAAGGCUCGCAGAGCAUCUUCAAGAUGCCCGGCCCAGAGACUCUCAACGCUCGGGACAGAAGCAAAGAGCCGGGCGAGCCUGAUACCCCUGGGUCGCAGGAUCAAGCCAAUCGCCGAAAUAUUGCACUGGUCAAGCCAGGUGGCCUGGCUGGCUACAUCGGGAGCGUGUCGUCAUACAGGUCUUUCAUCGACGUGGUGGCCAAGACAGAUGUCUAUGUCGGCUUCCUGCCUCGAGCUUCUCUGGAGAGGAUUAUCGACAGAUACCCGAUUGUACUCCUCACCAUGGCCAAAAGGUUGACCAACUUGUUGCCGCGUCUCAUCCUCCACAUUGACUUCGCCCUGGAAUGGGUUCAAGUCAAUGCGGGCCAGGUCAUAUACCAUGACGGCGACGAAAGUGAUGCAAUAUACAUCGUUCUGAACGGUCGUUUGAGGCUUGUCGAGGUUAAAAAGGACGGCGGCAUGGCCGCCUUGGCCGAAUACGGCCAGGGCGAGAGCGUCGGCGAGCUUGAGGUGCUCACGGAAUCGGCGCGCGCAGGGACGUUGCAUGCGAUCCGAGACACUGAGUUGGUCAAGUUUCCGCGGACUCUAUUCAACAGCCUUGCCCAAGAGCAUCCCAACAUAACGAUCAAAAUCUCAAAAAUCAUCGCGUCUCGAAUGAGGGCUGCCGUGGAUGAUCCGUCGAAGAACGUUGGGAAGGAGGCGGGAUCUGGUGCAACCAACAACCAAAGAAAGUCUACAAUGAACUUGCGAACAGUCGCCAUACUUCCAGUCAGUGCUGGUGUUCCGGCGGUCGAAUUUGGGAAUCGCCUUAUGAAUGCGCUGGCCCAGGUUGGACCUCCGAAUAGUGCCACAUCCCUGAACCAGGCUGCCAUUCUGAAUCACUUGGGUAAGCACGCUUUCAACAAGAUGGGUAAGUUGAGGCUGUCGCAGUACCUGGCAGACUUGGAGGAAAAGUACGGGCUGGUUGUGUACGUCGCAGAUACUAGUGUGAACUCACCAUGGACGCAAACCUGCAUCACCCAGGCCGACAGCAUUUUGCUGGUCGGCUUGGCGGAGGGAUCACCGGCCAUUGGCGAGUAUGAGCGGUUCAUGCUCGGAAUGAAAUCAACUGCCCGCAAGAUGCUAGUUCUUCUCCACGCGGAGAGAUUUUCACGGCCUGGGUUGGCAAGGUCCUGGCUGCGCAAUCGCAUGUGGAUCAACGGCGGCCACUAUCACAUUCAGAUGGCGUUCAACAGCACCGCGAUGCCCGCCCAUACGCCUUCAAAGAAGUUAGGGCAGGCGCUCAAGGAACGAGUCCAGAUUCUUCAGGCCGAGAUUCAGAAAUACACAUCGAGGAAGCUCCACCACACACCGUACUACUCUCCAAACACUCCUUACAAAAGCGAUUUCCACCGACUGGCACGCCGUUUGUGUGGCAAGUCGACUGGUCUGGUGCUUGGAGGGGGUGGAGCAAGAGGCAUGAGCCAGAUUGGUAUCAUCCGAGCCAUGGAAGAAGCGGGCAUUCCCAUCGACCUCAUUGGAGGCACGUCGAUUGGUGCCUUUGUUGGUGCUCUGUACGCUCGACACGCUGACGUCGUUCCCAUGUUUGGUUUCGCAAAGAAGUUUGCAGGCCGCAUGGCAAGCCUGUGGCGAUUUGCCUUGGACCUCACGUACCCGUCUGCCUCGUACACAACAGGCCACGAGUUCAACCGCGGCAUCUUCAAAGCAUUUGGGAACACGCAAAUAGAAGAUUUCUGGUUGGAGUUCUACUGUAACACGACAAACAUCAGCAAGAGCCGUGCCGAGUUCCACACGAGCGGCUAUGCGUGGAGGUAUAUUCGAGCGUCGAUGUCGCUGGCCGGCCUGCUACCCCCUCUGUGCGACGAGGGUAGCAUGCUUCUGGAUGGUGGAUACGUGGACAAUCUGACCGUCUCGCACAUGAAGGGCCUCGGAGUUGAGACAAUAUUUGCUGUUGAUGUCGGUGCAUUGGACGACGACACACCACAGUCGUACGGCGACUCUCUAUCGGGCAUGUGGGCCUUCUUCAACAGGUGGAACCCUUUUUCGUCGCACCCCAACCCACCGACGCUGGCCGAAAUCCAGGGUCGGCUCGCGUACGUGUCGAGCGUGGACGCUCUGGAGCGGGCAAAAGCUAUGACCGGCUGCUUUUACAUGCGACCCCCGAUUGACCAGUACGGGACGCUGGAUUUCCACAAGUUUGACGAGCUGUACCAAAUGGGAUAUCAGUAUGGGCAAGAGUUUAUACAGAAGCUUCGGGAACAGGGUGGGUUGCCUCAGGCGGAGGAGCCGGGAGCCAAGGGGGCCAUGCUCCGCACCAAGGCGCCCAGACGAGCGAGCAUUUGA